CUUGCUUUAUUUUAUUGUUACAGUCUGGAACACAACUACAUUGCGUUUACAAUGAUGUGAAAGAGAAAGCAGCAACCCAAAGGGAGACUUUUCCUUUCCAUUCGCCACCACUAUGCGUGAUCCAAAAUGUACAUGAGUCCGUCAUGGCACUUGAAAGCAGCAUCGUGAUUACUGGGUGUUGAGGGAGCAGGCAGCGCGAGUGCCGCUGUCUUCAUCCGUCCUCAGCAGCAACACCGUCAGUUAGUCUCCUCUGAGGGCUGUGUAAAAACACCUUAUCUGUAUCUCCACUUUGUAAAGAUCAACAUACAGAGCCUUUCGUCACAGAAGGUUAACCCCUUACUGAGUUCAUCAGGGGCUUUUUUUCGUGAUGAAUGUGUCCCAGACAAUGGAGACAGAGGAGGAUUUCCUGACUCGUCUACACAUCAAGCUUUACCACCCCCAGCAGAGUUGCAAGGGCCUCUACGGGAUGCUUCCUCUGGGGAAGAGGAGCAGUCACCCAGCAGAUGUCCCUCUCAGGUUAGGCCGGGAUGCCCAGGCCUGCACCUACGCCCUGGUCGACCCCCGGGUGUCCCGGAAACAGCUGGCCCUCCACGCCUAUCGCACAGCCCAGAGCCCGGACAUGCUGUUCACCAUCCAGAACCUGAGCCAGAGGGGACGACUUUCAGUGAACAGCUCAGCUCUGGGCUACCUGGAGAGGAUGGAUCUCCCCGACAAGGCCCUGCUCCGCUUUGGAGAGUACGAAAUGCUGAUCACCCGUGAGUCCGGCGAGGCCAUGGGGAGCUUUGAGGUGGAGUUUGAGGUGCUGGAGAUGCCUCCGUCCAGGGAGACAUGCAUGUGUGUGCCUAGUGUGACACCUGUCAUGGAGCUCAGAGCACUUGUUCCCCUGGAGAAUGAUGAGACUCUGUGUCAUUUAUGAUGAACCAUCACCAGUCAGUGAGAUGUUGAGAUGUGACUUUUGUUUUAGUUUUUUGAUUGACUUAGAAUUGAAAGCAGAACAAAUUUCUGUGUCACUGAUACAUUAGAGUUCAUCCAUACUUGGAUAACUUCCCUUUUUUGUAAUGUGAAAUCAUAGUAUUAUUAUACAACUUAUAUCUAUUACUCAGUGUCUAUAUAUUCAAAAGCUGUGCUCUUAGUAACCCCAACUUUUAAUAUGUAAAUGCUAAAAAAUCUUAAAGCUAGAUGUUUCUGCAUUUUCAACUGGACGUAAUUAAAUUGCUUUUGAUAACAUUUUUAUGAAUGUUGUUGUUAAAUACUGUAUAUCGGCCACAGGUCUGACAACCAAUUCAGGGAAACUCUUGUCGCAGUCACUAGACGUUCAUGGCAAUCAUUUAUACAGCACUUUCCCCAAACACAAAACAGACUGGUUUAACACUGAGUCUUUUAGAAACAGGUUCUUCCAGA